AUGCCCUGGACACAGGCGCUAAGAAACUGGGCACGACCAAACAUGCAACAUGACGUGGCGGAAUUUGCCAAACACUUGUUAGCAAAUGAGCUACUCACAGUCACUAUGCGUGGAGAAUGGCAAACUCGACUGCAAGUAGAUGGUACUGUACAGGUCACAGAUCGGGGCACCACCUGGCCCAUCUUGCUGCCCGAGCCUCUGUUGACUCAGCAGGAGUAUGCGUUGCAGAGCUUGAUCGAUGCAUGGGAGUCCCAGGCAGCCCCGCCCGCACUUGUGACUGGUCCCAGUGAGCUCUUGCUACAGCUAAAUAGGUUUCGGGAGGUUGGCGGUGUCUACACCAAAUCUCUUACCCCAGUUGUGCCCGCUGAAACCCUCUCCAUUCCAGUGUUUCACGCCGACAGCUUGCAGCGGAGAACCAUUCGUUAUCAGUUACGAGCUGCAAUCCUUCAUAUUGGGGAUACUCCUCAAUCUGGUCACUACCGCGCAGUCACAUUUACUGAGGGAGCCACGGCCUACAUACACGAUGACAACAAACUUGCUCAAAAGGUGACCCGCAAACUCCUGAAAACCUUGUAUGCCCAAGUCUAUGUUUGCCACUACUCCAAAAUUGACACGCCUAGCUACAGUGAUAGUUCUGACGUGUACAUACACUGUUGCGACGACGAGGCAAGCAGCCAACUUGACCACAUCCUGAUUCCCGAGCAGGCAUCGCAAGGGGUAGCUGCGAAGCUUCGCGCCAUUCCGGGUGGAAAAGGAAAGGAGAAAGGCAAGUACAAAGGCAAAGGCAAGGACCACAAAGGCGGGUACCAUGGAAAGGGAGGAAAAGAUCGUUUUCAGAACAACAACUACGACCAGAACCAUUCUUGGCGGAACAAUGGGAAAGGAGGCAAGGAGUAUUCCAAAGGAAAAGGCAAGUUCUGGGGCAAAGACAAGGGCAAAGGCAAGGGCAAAGAGUCCAAAGGAAAAGGCAAAGGAGAGCAGCGCAAGGACAAUGUGCCCUACAACAACUGCAAGAUUUGUGGCAAACCUGGACAUUGGAGCAAAGAGUGUUGGAUGAACAAGAACCGGGUGAAUCAGGUGGAUGAAGGCACCUCAAACGCAAGCUCCAGUACGAACUCCACCACGACCAUGUCCUCAAGCCGCCCUCAAACUGCUUCCGUGAAGAGAAUUUUCAAUCUUGCCGAUGAGUGUGAGAGAUCCUGCACUGUGUAUGCCAUGGAGACUGUGUCUGAGGGUGAAGAGUAUGUUGAGGAUGAAGAGUCCUGGUGGUGUCGUCGUGUGGAGUGGUAUGCGCUAGAUGAAGAUGACGAAUGCCCCUGUGAAGAGCUUCCCCAGACCCUUGAAGUGUUCGAUCUCACUUGUGAAGAUGCCUUGCCAGGAGACGACGAGUGGUCCCAGAACUACGUCCGCGUGUUGGAACAUGGAGGCCUUGAAGAAGAAGGAGGCCAAAGCUACUCGUCGUUUGAGGUUGUGCUGGAUUCUGGGGCAGAUGUAUCGGUGAUGCCAGAGUCGUGGCUUCACAUGGGCAUCGGACAGGCCACGUCAGAGGGUCAAGUCCAAAUGCUGGAUGCACAGGGAGUUGAAAUGCCCAGCUUGGGUACCCGGCUUAUCACCUUGGACAUGGGCCCUGCAUGCAUUCAAGAACGGUUUCACGCUUCAACGGUUGGGAGUCCUCUGCUGAGUUUAGGGAGAUUGCUCAAACAAGGGUGGACCCUGGACCAUCGGAGCAACAUGCUUUGUCUUUGCAAUGAAGAAGUGGCAGUACCAGUCAACUUCAAGAAGAACUCCUUGACAGUCCAAGCGUCGGUCUUUGCAGUCAACAUGAGCCCAAUCGAAUCCCAUCAAGAACGUCCCGAUGAACCCCUCACUAGUCAUGUGCGACCUCUUCUCGAAGGUAAGCGCACUUUCGUCGAGUUCGCAGUGGACCCCGAGACUUGGAGUGCUGGUGAGGAGGGGAAGACCGAUGCGCUAGGCCACCAGUGGAAGUUCAUGCCCAAUGGUGAUCCGUUUUGCCUGUGUGACUCUACACUUCAUGUGAGCCCAGCACCUGUGAUGAGCAUUGAUCGUUGGAAGUACCGCACCACGGCGGUAAAGAUUGCUGGGAGAUGGGAGUUGGUAGAGCUUCAACAAGAUGUGAGCAAGUUGGAAGAUUUAGAAGAGAGUUUGCCGGGUGUGCUCUAUGCCACGAAGACUCUAACGAUGAUACAACGGCGCCCGAGUGAUCCCGAAGAUGUUGGUAUGACUGUCCUGGAAGAUCAUGGCCCUCAGCCCCUUGCCUCGAAUCCCGUGCUUCGUGAACCCAGGUUGCCAGUGGAACUUCAAGCUGACGAAGGCAUGCCGGAUGAUGCCAAUCUGUCCGAACAUGGAGAAGCCGAAGUGGCUCCAGCUGCACCGGGGAUCGAGUUGCAAGGACCCAUUCCAGAAGAAGUAGAGGUUGAGGGAAGAAGGUUGUCAGCCAAUUCUACCGCGACCGAGUUGAAGUUGGUUUGCAAAGCUUUGGGCAUUGGGUCUAGCGGUUCCAAGACGGUGUUGUACAAGAGGAUUACAAAACAUGUUUGGCGAAGAAGGUUGGAGGAUGAGUUGGCCCUUCAAGAAGCAGCAUCGUUGCCUGUUCGAACACCAAAACCUGAAGCCGUUCCUCACGAACCGAGCCCUGAAGAGUUGGCCAAGCAUCGUUUGACACACAUUCCAUACAAGUCCUGGUGUCCUCUUUGCGUAUCUACCCGAGCGAGAAGGGAUGGUCAUCGUGAAGGUGGUGAAGCGCAUCGCUCUGAAGGCAGUUGGCCAGUGAUGAGUUUGGAUCUGAUGUAUAGCUCGGUGGAGGGUGACGCUUUGGAUUGCAUGAGGACUUCUCAGUUGAAACCCAAAGAAGGAAAAAUGAUGGUCUUGGUUUGUGUGGAUCGAUCAACUGGAAUGCUGCACGGUGUUCCCCUUCCGUCCAAAGAGCAACAGUGUCUUCAGUACGCGGCCAAAGAAGUGCUUUCCUUCUUGUCCUAUCUUGGACGAACCGAGGUAGAGAUACGAGGAGACAAUGAACCAUCGAUGACAAUGCUCAUGGACAAGAUCGUGACUGCCAGGACCGCUGCAAAGCUUGCUACUAGGAAGUCCCCGUCGCAGCCCCACGAACACCAAACCAAUGGGGCAGCUGAACAGGCAAUCUUGAGUUUGAGGGACAUUGGAAGUACUUUGCUCCAACAAGUUCGCGAGUGUGGGUAUGUCUUGAGCAACGAGUCCGACCUUGUGCCCUGGGUGUAUACACAUGCUGCUACCCUUCACAACCAGUAUGCAGUGAUGGCGGGAACUACACCGUAUGAACGUGCCUUUGGUGUGCAGUAUCGAGGGAAACUUGCCAUGUGGGGUGAGACCGUGUACUUCAGUCUGUCCGAUCCUCAUAGACGAAAGGGCAAGGAGAAGUUUGUUAAAGGAAUUUUCUUGGGGAAGACGAUGCAAAAUGACCUCAAUAUCUGCGGGACCGCCCUGGGAAUUUAUUUGAGUUCGACAAUUCGGCGCCUACCUGAAUCACAACAAUGGGAUCGGAUCUUGCUGAAAGAGUUCAAAGGAAAGCCUUGGAGAUAUGGUCUCGCAGGGAUGGGUCUCAAAGUGAUCCCAGGUUUGAAAGAACGAGCUCCACAGCCAGCGACAAUGCUGGAACCUAUGGUGUCGGUCGCCCCGGCUCCAUCACCAACGCCACCACCGCCUGUGGUGACAGAAGGACCCGUGGAUGAAGCUGCCUCUGACCCUGAGUCUUCGGCAAGUGCCAGUUCAGAUAAGAUGACCACCGACAGUGAGAGAAGACCGGAAUCCCAUGAAGAUCGAAAGCGUGAACGAACAGAAAGGGAAGAGGAAGCUCCAGGGUCGAAAGAAGUACGUACCUCAGGAUCAGCAAUGGAGACAGGAGGGGAAGAUGCACCGACAGAGUCUGUUCAAGAGCCUAAGGGUGAAAAGAGGUUGCAGGCUCCACCGUUCUAUGCGGGAAGUGAAAGUCCAUCGAAGCGUGUUCGAGCAGUCAAAGUAGGAGAUGCCGAGUAUUAUGUGGGAGAUGAAGACCUAGAUGAUUGGUGGAACAUGGCAGAGUUUGAUGCUCGGUAUUUCGAGGAAGAUGACUGGAUGGACUACAGCCCGGAGAAUGACCCCGAAAAGUUGUGGGAAGGCCAAGAUGAAAAUGAAGGACCUCCUGUUCUUAGCCCUGAACAGCUAGAGGGAGUAGAAGCUGUGUCCAGGAGUGAUGAGUUGCAUCGACUACUAGAGAUGUCCGUGUUGGAAGCGAUGGAUGAAGCGGUGCAUGUUCCCAAAGAGAAGCUCCUCAAGACACGUCAUGUGUACGACUGGCGUUUUCGGUCAAACAAGUGGCAACGUCGUGCACGCUUGGUCUGCAAGGAACUCAAAGCAUGGUCACCGUUCCGACAGGACACAUAUGCACCGAGUACAUGUCCUUCGAUGCUGCGCGUGCUUCCGCAUAUGUUUGUGAGCACCCCGGACUAUGUCUUACGAUCGUUUGACGUGAAGGAUGCUUUCCUCACUGUAGAUCAGAAAGAAGAACUGUUCGUAGAGCUCAACGGGACGAUUUACAAGGUACGAAAUUGUUUGCCUGGUCAACAGUUAGCUCCCGUCCAUUGGCAUGACCAACUGAGUGAGGACUUGGCUCGCUGCGAUCUCAAGAGCAACGUGGCGUGCCCCGUGGUAUAUGGUGGUGAGAAACUUGGUGCCACGAUUCAUGUAGAUGAUGGACUUCUUGGUGGAUGUGAAGAUCGUGUCAACAGUGCUGUGAGUGUCUUGCAACAAAAGUACCGCCUAGAAGUGAGCCCCGUUGUGAAGAACAUUGGCGACCAGCUGAAAUUCCUCAAAAGGACUCUGGAAGUGGUAGAAGAUGGGUUGAAAAUCCAUAUCGACGCAAAGUAUAUUGAGAAGGUGGUUAGCAUCUUGGGCAUCACCAAUCCCCGUCAUCGUAAGGUACCAGCGACUUCUGACUUGACAAUGAAAGACGAGUCGGAGUACUUGGACGAGGCACAUGUUGGGCGAUACAGAGCAGCACUAGGAUGUUUGCUGUACAUCAGUCCGGAACGACCUGACGUUCAACAUUGUGUAGGAUUCCUAGCUCGUGGGAUGAGUAAGCCUACGGUGAAGCAGCUCAAGCACCUGAGAUACCUGACUGAGUAUUUGUAUGCCACGAGAGACUAUUGUCUUGUGCUGCGCUGGAGUCGGCCUGGGAGAUCAGUGAUGGAGGAAUCCCUACGUACCCAACCCAAGGUAGAAGAUGUACAAGGAGAUGGCGAAGGACGGCCAGCUCGACUGUUGGAAGCCAUCAGUGACUCGGACUGGGCAUCUAGUGCAGACAGGAAAUCGAUAAGUUGCGGUCACCUGUAUUUGGAUGGGAACCUGAUGUUUUCUUAUUCAAGACGACAGUGCUCCAUAAGUCUCUCCUCAUGUGAAGCAGAACUCACAGCAGCCACCUCAGUGAUUGCCGAAUCGCUCUUCUUGAAGAACAUCCUCGAAAGUCUGUCUGAACACCCCGUGGAUCUGGUUGUGCGAUUAGACAACUCAGCGGCUCGCAGCUUGCUGGUGAAAUGCGGGGUGUCGAGGAUUCGACACCUGGAUUGUAGACUUCUUUGGUGUCAAGGGUUGGUGAAAGCCAAGCUCCUCUCAGUGAAACCGGUUGCCGGCUUGCAGAAUCCAGCUGAUAUAGCUACCAAAGUGUUGUCUUCAGAAAGAAUCAAAUAUCUGUUGGGUUUGGCCGGUAUGUACAACAACGAUGGCUUGAUUCAGUCUUCCAAACCUCCUAAUGUCAAAGUUCAAAGAGUGGCAUCAACAAUGGACAUAGAGAACUUGGUGCGAUCCGUUGUGUAUGCAGCCAUAGCCUUGAGCCAGCAGCGACCUGCAGAUGCGACCUCUACGAGCCCCGUGGGUGCUGCCGAGAUGAGCCCUGAAGGUGGAGAAGAGUUUCCCGAGUUGGUUGGAAUGUUGUGGAAUCUCCUGGUGUAUCGCGUCAUGGAGGGCUUGAUGGUUACGGAUGCAGCAGAUGGGACCAGCCUAUGGUGGUUGGUGGGAGGAGCAACUUUCCUCUUUCUCUUCAUGUUCCUCUUGGGUGUCAUGCUCUACUACCUGCCGAGUCUUUGUUGUAGACGUAUGACCACGCAAUCCUCAGAUCGUAUGACAACGCAAUCCUCAGAUCGUAUGACCCCGCAAUCCUCGAGCAGUCUACCUCCGCAAUCCAUGAGUUCCCACCAAAAGCAGAAAGGCGUCUGGAAGAAUCGAGGUGAACGAGAUGCUCAGGCACGUGCAGUACGUGCUCACUUUGUGCGAUCGGUUUCGCACAACCCGCAUAUCUUCGACCCCGAAACGCGACAAGAAGUUGCCGUGUUCUCUCAGAAUGGCAAGUGCUACCACAGUCGCCCAUCCUGCCAUGGACUUCGACAGGCAACGAGCAGCUGCCAGCGCGUUCCUCUUCAUGAUGCUCUGGCAAGAGGACUGGCUCCGUGCAGAGUGUGCUGUGCCAGUCAUUGGGAUGUGGCUGGUGAUGCCAAUGCCCGAGUUCCACGACACCAGCGAUGUGACAAGUGA